AUGUCGGCAACAUACAAUCAUUGGGAUCAGAACGAAAACAACACAAAGCAAAAAAAUCGUAAUUCUGAGGUGAUCAGGGGUUUUCUGGAUGAAGAAGCGGAGGUUUCAGAUGAUAUCAGCCAAUACUCCUCUGAUGAAAAUAUCAAUGAAGGAUAUGAUACCUCAAUGGAAGAAUUCAUCAAUGAUGCUACUCAGGCCUCUCAACAACAAACAGAUUUACAACAUAUGUACCUACAAAGCCUGCAUCAGAAGAGGAUGGAAUCUCCUGCAGUGCAUGCUUACAAAAAUAAAUACAAAAUGAUCUAUAACGAUCACAGUGAUCAUGAUGAUAUAUUCUCACAAGUACCCCAACAAGAUCACACCUAUGAAGAAGAUAGCUUUGUUGUGGACGAGGUGACUAACAGUUGCCUUGACGAUGAGUUUAACUACACCAUCAACCCAGCCAAUAUUUUACAUGGUAAACGAAACACUCGAUGCAGGCCUGCGUUACCCAACAUAAAAGAUACCGGUAUAGAAGCAGAAAGAAGCAGAAAGCCGAAAAGAAGGAGAAUUAUCCUUCAAGAUUCUUCCAGUGAUGAAGAUGUGGUUGUACCAAAUAUGUUGAAAUCCUGUACAAGUAAUAAAUCUGUCUUUGCCACACCCAAAGUGACUCCUCAGUUACAACGUUUUGCUAGCCAUACUGCAGUGCAUAAGAGAAAUCAAAUUAAUUCAGGGGUUAUUACUGGUGAUGUGAGAAUCAUGUCAUCUAAAUCGGCAUCUUUGAAGCCUGGAAUGAACGAUGUGCAUCUCACCAAAGAACAAUUUGAGAGGGAGGAGAGACUAAAAAGGCAGAAGGAAAAACAGAUGCAGUUUAAAAAAAUAGCAGAAGAAAAACGUAAACUUGGACAGAUGACUAACGUAUCACCACCUGGGGCAGUGCAAUUAGAGCAGACAUUUACAAAUGCAAACUUUGACUUAAUGCCGCAAUAUCUUUCCAAUAAAGAAAGUGAAAAGUUAACUGUCUUGGUUGACUCUCGUGAAAUUGGUUCCUCUAAUAUAGCCUCAAGAUUACGGAUUAUUUACAACAUGAAUAUUCAUGUGCAUCAACUCAAAGGUUGUGAUUAUAUUAUAAGUCGACGAAUGGGGGUCGAAAGAAGAACCAUGUCAGAUUUUGCCAGUUCUGUCAACAGAACAGCAUUGUUGGAAAGAAUAAGACACCUUUGUGACUUGUAUGACAAGCCUUGUCUUAUUAUAGAAAAGGAUAGAAUGAAAGCUCACGAAGACAAGCCAAAACAGAU